CCCUCUGCCGGCCGCGGUGUUCCGUGCGUUCUGAGUUCCUCUUUCCUUUGAGGGCUGUUGAGUGGGUGGGAGCCGCCUUGAGUCGGGGCGUAGUGUGGUGGGUAGAGGCGUCCUGCCGUCACGGAGGGAAGCUAUGAGCCCCGAGGAGAAGCCGCCGCCCAACUGCUCCCACGAGUGCCCGCCUCAGCCUGCUGCUGGCCGGGGCCGAAGGCGAGGCGGUUUGCUGACAGAGAUCCGUACUCCUAUCCGCACCGAGCCCUUCCAGCAGCGCUACAGCCUCAGCCCCGGCAGGGAACUCGGCAGAGGAAAAUUUGCAGUGGUGAAGAAAUGUAUCCAGAAAGACACUGAAAGAGAAUUUGCAGCAAAAUUCAUGAGAAAAAGAAGAAAGGGACAAGACUGUCGGAUGGAAAUAAUACAUGAAAUUGCAGUCCUUGAACUGACACAAUGCAAUCUUUGGGUCAUUAACCUGCAUGAAGUUUAUGAAACUGCAACGGAGAUGAUUUUAGUCCUGGAAUAUGCUGCUGGAGGUGAGAUCUUUGACCAGUGUGUUGCUGAAAGAGAGGAGGCCUUCAAAGAGAAAGAUGUGAAACAACUUAUGAAGCAGAUCUUAGAAGGAGUUUCAUUCUUGCACAGAAACAAUGUUGUUCAUCUUGACUUAAAGCCACAAAACAUUCUACUAACAAGUAAGUCUCCACUGGGAGACAUAAAGAUAGUGGAUUUUGGCCUUUCCAGGAUUGUGAAGAACAGUGAGGAAUUAAGGGAAAUUAUGGGAACUCCAGAAUAUGUAGCUCCUGAAAUUCUGAGUUAUGACCCAAUCAGUACAGCAACUGAUAUGUGGAGCAUUGGAGUACUGGCAUAUAUCAUGCUAACAGGGGUAUCACCUUUCUUAGGGGACGAUAAACAAGAAACAUUCUUAAAUAUAUCUCAAAUGAAUGUAAGUUACUCUGGAGAAGACUUUGACCUCAUAUCAGAGUCUGCUGUGGAUUUCAUUAAAACCUUGCUGGUGAAGAAGCCUGAGGAACGGGCAACUGCUGAAGAGUGUCUCCAGCACCCCUGGUUAGAACAAAGUGAUGAACCUACUUGCAGGACUUGGAGUAAGAGUGCAGGAGGGGAGAGCAGUGAUGUCAUCCAGAAAAAUGCGAAUUCUGCCUCCGAAAAACCUGUAGAUGUUGAGAAAGCUGAGAAGGAAGAAUCAAUGAUGACAGAAGAACUAAUUGUAGUGGCUUCAUAUACUCUGGGACAAUGUAGGCAGUCAGAAAAAGAAAAAGCAACUGAGCAGAAAGCCAUUUCUAAACGAUUUAAGUUUGAGGAACCAUUGCUCCAAAAAAUACCAGGAGAAUUCAUUUAUUGAACUAUGCCUUUCUUCAUAGCAGUGUUUUCUACUAAACAAAAAUAUCCUAGCCAAGUGAAUCUCUGAUAUGCAAUGAAAGUUCUAGGUAAAAGAAAAUUUUGAUAGGUGGCAUCUAAGGAGAAUGUGCCAAGUUUUUUAUUUCAUGGAAGAAAUAAAGAUUUCAAGUGGCUGGCAGCAAUUUAACAAAGAUGAAAGCUUACUUUUGUUUGUAAUUUUUAUUUCUGUUGUGUUGUUUUGUUUUGUUUUUUUUCAUGGAUAGCAGACAAAUUCUGUUAAUUGCUUUGAUGUUCUGGAGAAGCUGACAUUAGAUGAGGUUCAGUGGGAGAUGUCAAGAGAAUUAUAUUUUAGGAUAUGUUUUGUCAUGCAAUGCAAAUAUUUAAUGCUGAGUUUUCCUCAAAUAUUUAUUAGCAAUUAGUAGUUUCAUGUCCAGAACAUGGUGGAGCAGGUGCUGAUCAGCAUUAAUCCACUAUGUUCAGGUUGGAUUUUAGGAAGAAAAGAGUGGUCUGACAGAGGAGUGGUCAGGCAUUGGAACAGGUUGUCCAGGAAAGUGGCAGCCCCUGGAGGUGUUUCGGGUAAGGGUAGAUGUGGUUUAGUGGGUAGUAUUGUUGGUAGGUGGGCAAUUGGACUUGGUGAUCUUAGAGGUCUUUUUCAAUCUUUAUGGUUCUGUGAUAUGUAAUUUCGUUAAUUGUUCCUGUUCCAAGACAAUCAGCAACUAUAUUGCUUUGUAAAAUUUGUUUCCAUAAAAGAACCUGAAAGAUCUAUAAAAUGGGGGGAAAGGGGAGAGCUGAGUCCAAAUGGGUGUGAUUAAGAUCUCAGUUAAGAAUAGCUUAGGAUUUUUCAAAGUGAAAUGCAGCAUUAGGCCCAAAGCUGCUACUGCAAAAUUAGGGGGAGAACAAACUCAAUUACUUCAAGAGAUUAUAUUUUUAUUCCCAUAAACACAGAGAACUUAACUGAGUUGAUUCUUUCCAGAAAACUUUUUUUGCUUUGACAAGUGGAUAAGAUGCAGGAAAAUAGUGGAAAAGAACUGGUGUGAAAGAUACAUCCUUGUUUCUGUGUGGAACAUGAACCAAAAUGACUCAUAGUCCCUCUGCAGUGUAACACAUCUGCCCAAGCUAGAGUGAAAUGGUAGGCUCGUGAGUUGGCCAAAGUUUUAUUAUAAGUGGAGAAGCAUGCCUGAAAAAGAAUGUGAUGGCCUGCUUACUCUCCAUUAGACAGACUACUGUUUGUAAAACACAUGGGUAUAUACAGCCCCUUUGUACUCAUCAAAUCGAACUCAGCUAGGUGCAAGUGAUGUAACUGCUAAACACUGCUUUAUUGUUGUUCUUCAGUUGUAAGUAGGUCCUUGCCCUCAGCAGCUUGACUUCUUCAUAGUUUCCUUCAGAGUGAUGACUGCAUGCCAGGAGCAAUUAAAAUCAAACAAGAGAGUAAGAAUCGAACAUAAUCCAACAAAGGCCAUAAGGAAGAUGAGUAUUUUAGCCAAGCAAACAAACAGAAAAGGAUCUACGGAAAUUUUCAAGCCAAUUUAAAAGAAAUUAUUUAACAUGCUCAAAAUUAUUAUUUAAGGAUUGUAACAGCUGUCAAUGAGACUAAGAGCUAUGAUUGUCACCCUGGAGAAGAGAUGGCUUGGGGGGAUCUUACCUGUGUAUACAAAUACCUGUGGAGAAGAGUAAGUAAGGUGGAGCCGGAUGUGGUGCUUUAGGACAGGACAAGAGACAAUGGGCACCGGUAGAAGUGCAGGAAAUUCUAUUUAAAUAGAGGCAAAGUCCUUUUUGCUGUGAGAAUGGUUGACCUCUGAAACAAGUUUUCAGAGGCUGUGGAUUUCCCUCUGGAGAUCUUCAAAACCCAGCUGGAGUCCGUUCUCAGGGAAUCUGUUCCAGCUGCUGAGAAUGAGGCAGUUGAACAAAGAGAUCUCUUGAGGCUUCUCACCUUAACAGCUCUGUGAUUGGAAAAGAAUGGUUUUCUACAUGAAAUUUAACUACUUUUUUUUUUUUUNGGGGGAGGUUAUCAAAAGAUGAAUGUUUUCUGGAUUAAAAAUGAAGCAAUUGUCUACACUGGUGUUCAGUGGCAUGCAACUUUAUUAUAACAUAAAGAUAUCCAGUGAUCUACCAAAUUUAAAAUAAAUUUGAAAAAAAAGCAA